GACGGAUUUCUAAAAUCCGUCUCUAACUUAGAGACGGAUUUGAAAAUCCGUCUCUAAUAUAUCUUCUACAUAUUACCAAUAUUAUGUAGAGAAGUAUACAAGUUGUAUUUGGUGUAGUUGGUUGGAGCUUCUUCUCGUUUCUUUGAGGUUACAAGUUCGAUUCCUACGAACAGCGAUUCUUGCAGAGCUGAACCGGGUUUACUUAAGGGAUAUUCCUAAAUGGUAAUGAGAUCAACUUGAACUAGGUAGGUAAUAAUAGGUGAUUAAAUAUAAUCAUGAUAAUAUUAGGAACUAUCGCGUUGUUAAUUUCGUUUAUAUAUUUUAUAUUUUCAGCGAAUUUAGAGACGGAUUUCCAAAAUCCGUCUCUAAACUUAGAGACGGAUUUCCAAAAUCCGUCUCUAAGUUUAGAGACGGAUUUUCAAAAUCCGUCUCUAAACUAGAGACGGAUUUGCAAAAUCCGUCUCUAAGCUUAGAGACGGAUUUUUAAAAUCCGUCUCUAAGUUUAGAGACGGAUUUCCUAAAUCCGUCUCUAAGCUUAGAGACGGAUUUCCAAAAUCCGUCUCUAAACUUUAGAGACGGAUUUCCAAAAUCCGUCUCUAAACUUUAGAGACGGAUUUUUAAAAUCCGUCUCUAACUCGAAUUAGCGACAAGGGUUUUAGAGAGGGACAAUAUCCGUCUCUAAAUCCGUCUCUAAGCCCAUAUAGCGACGGAUUUGACCUAUUUAGGGACGGAUUUUGUCCGUCUCUAAAUGGACUUUUUUUUGUAGUGGGCUGGAAGUGAAACAAGGUACUGAUGGUAUCUUUAUUUCACAACGUAAAUAUGCAUUGGACCUUCUCAAAAGGUUUAAUAUGCAGGGGUGCAAAGUAGCCUAUACACCCAUGAAUAUGAAUGAGAAAUUGACAGUAAAUGAUGACACUGAAGCUGCAGAUACAAGGAUUUAUCGUAGUAUGGUGGGUGGUUUGAACUAUCUCUGUCAUACUAGGCCUGAUAUAUCAUAUCCGGUAAGUGUUGUUUCACGGUUUAUGCACAAUCCUACAAGUCAUCAUCUCGGAGCUGUGAAGCGGAUAUUAAGAUAUGUUGCAGGGACUACUGAUUUUGGAAUUUGGUACUCCAAAUUAUCAGAUUUCAAGUUAUUUGGCUUUACUGAUAGUGAUUGGGCAGGUUGUAUUGAUGACCGAAAAAGUACUUCGGGGUAUGUCUUUACACUGGGGUCAGGUGUAAUUUCAUGGAGCUCGAAGAAGCAAGAGACGGUUGCAUUAUCCUCCACUGAAGCAGAGUAUACAGCCAUAACUUCAGCAGCCUGUCAAGCUAUUUGGCUUAGAAGAUUAUUAGCAGACUUGUCCCAUGCACAAUAAGGUACAACAGAGAUUUUUUGUGACAAUAAGUCAGCUAUUGCCUUGACGAAAAAUGCUGUGUUUCAUAGUAGAACAAAGCACAUCGACAUUCGGCACCACUUCAUUCGUGAUAUUGCAGCAAAGGGAAUGGUUGAACUGAAGUAUUGUGGUACUAAUGAACAAGUAGCAGAUAUACUGACAAAGUCUUUACAAUCUGGUAAACUUGAAGAUUUCAGAAUGCAGAUGGGUGUUAGUAGCUUUGAAGCAAGGGGGUGUGUUGACUAAUUAUAGUCAAAUACUUCAAAGUUGUUUACUUUAUUUUAGGAGUAAAGGUUGGUUAGUGAAUUAGUUGAGAUUGUUUCUCUGAUUUGUUAGCAACUAAGUAGCAGCAUUUAGUUAAUAGUGGGCCAUGUUCCCCACUAGCUCCAUUUAUUUAGCCAUUUUCUUAAUUCAUGAUGUUAGCUUGUAUAGGGGUGGCAAUGAUGCGAGUCAAGUUCGAGUUUGAGCUAGCUCGACUCGACUCGUUAGCAUUUCGAGUCGAGUUUGAGUUGAGUCGAGCUCACUCGAGUCGAGUUUUGACCGAGUUUUAAUCGAGUAUUGACCGAGUCGAGCUUUGACCGAGUAGAUUUCGAGUAGUUUGCAAGUGUCUCAUGUUACAAGCAACACUAAGGUAGAAACAUGUUAAAUUUAGGUAUUUUACUAUUGGUAAUUAGGUAUUCGAGCUUCUCACGAGUUUUCGAGUCGAGUAUCGAAUUGCUCAACUCGACUCACCAACAUCUUGAGUCGAGCUCGAGUUCGAUUCGAGCUCACCCGAGUCGAGCUUUGACCGAGUUUUGACCGAGUCGAUCUCGAGUAGCUCGCGAG